ACCGCUCUCCCCUCAGCCGGCCGUGGCGGGCGGGGCUGUACCCCGCUGCCUGAGGGACCGGCCGCCAUCCCUGCGGGCCCGGGAGGCUUCUCUGCCUUCGGGCCGCGCUCGGCGGGCACAGGCUCCACCGCCGCUUCGUCCUCUUCGAGCACGCUUCCUUCCCUGGUACCUUAGCAAGUUUCUGCUGCUUUUCGAUUCCUUUUUUUCUGGUUACUAAUAGAUGCACGUCGUUACUAGUCGCCGCAUCGUUUGCGAGAGCUGGCAGAGGGUCUGCAGGUAGUAGGACAUGCAUCACUUUGAGGAAGAGUUAACGUGUUCCAUUUGCUAUAGCAUAUUUGAAGAUCCACGCGUUCUGCCCUGUUCCCAUACGUUUUGUAGGAAUUGCCUGGAAGGUGUUAUUCGCCUGUCAAGCAACUUUUCCAUUUGGACACCCCUGAGACUUCCUCUGAAGUGUCCCAACUGUAGGAGUAUUGUUGAAAUUCCUGCUGCUGGCACUGAAUCGUUACCUAUCAACUUUGCUUUGAAAGCGAUUAUUGAAAAAUACCAACAGGAAGAUCACUCUGAUGUCGCAACCUGCAGUGAACACUACAGGCAACCGCUGAACGUUUACUGUCUUCUGGAUAGAAAAUUGGUGUGUGGCCACUGCCUUACGAUAGGAAAACACAACGGUCACCCCAUAGAUGACCUUCAGAGUGCCUACAUAAAAGAAAAGGAGACUUCUGGAAAACUUCUCGAGCAGCUAACUGAUAAACACUGGACUGAUGUAUGCUUGCUUAUUGAAAAGCUGAAAGAGCAGAAGUCCCAGUGUGAAAACAUUGUUCAGGAUGAUAAGAAAGUCGUAGUCCAGUAUUUUAAGAAACUUAGUGAUACCCUAGAGCGCAAAAAACAAGCUCUGCUGACUGCACUGGAUGAAAUGAACGCCCACAUUUUGGAAGAGUACGAGCCUCUCAUUGAGAAGUUGAAAAAAAUAAGGGAAGAACAGCUCGAGUUAAUGUCGCUGAACACAUCUAUUCAAAAGGAAGAGUCCCCGCUUAUUUUUCUCGAGAAGGUGGACGUUAUGCAUCAACGUAUAAAAGCUUUGAAGCAGAAGCAGCUGCCGGAUGUUAAACCUGUGGAGGUUUACCCGAGGAUUGGGCACCUGCUGAAAGAUGUGUGGUCUAAAACUGAAAUCGGUCACAUCAACAAGGUCCUCAUUCCAAAAAUAAAACUGAUUCCGAAAAGAAAGUUACGCAGCAAAAGCAGUGGAAAGGAAGGAAGAGAGUCUAAAGAACUCCUCCAGGCUGUACAUCCCAUAGCAGUCCUGCUUCUUUUUAUAAUAAUAGCGGUAACUGUGUUUUCAUUUCACAAGCCAGUGUCGUCAGCUGUAAUCAAAACUACUCCCGCUUAUAUCUCAGAAUUCUUGCUGAUUGUUUAUCAGAAUUUCUGCACCCAUUUGCAGGAUUUAGUGGAUGUGCUGUACCAUACAUUUAAUUUAGUGAUGGAGUUUUUGGGGAGAGUUGUUUCUCUUUGACUGUUUUAAUGAUUAGAUUAAAAGUUAGUGUGGGAAUCCACAGGAUUUUUUAGCAAUCCAGCUUUUAAGUAGAAAUUUAAAAAGCUCUACACUUUUCCUAUUUCCAUAUCCUUCCUUUUUUGGUAUUGUGUAGAUUUCCUCUUCGCUAACUCGUAGUUAACUGCGAAGAUUUGCAAUAAGUUUCCUCUUCUGCUCACACAAUACUGAAGUUGGGAGGUGUUUGUUUAAAGUGGAAGCUAGUCAGGAACAAUGUCUGCCUAAGAACGCUGUGAUCGACUCACAAUUGUAACCUGGAGUCCUGUUUGUAAAAACUCCUUCAGCAUCUACUUUUUUUUUUUUUUUUUGGUAACAUAAUUUUAAAUUGUUUUUUUUUAAUAAAAGCACUGCAACAUUAGAACACCUCAGCCUGCAAAGUGGCUGGUCCCGGACGGGCCAGUCACUAUCUCUACUGGAGAUAAAACUCCUACUUUGUGUUUUACUGACCUCUCUGAAUGUAUUUUAACUGCUACACCUGCGGUCUUUAGAGGAUAUAUUCAUGGCCCUGGGUUUUAUUGUCUUUGUUCCUGGUUACUAGCGGAUGACAUCAUUUAAUAUUUUUUAAUUUUUUUUUUUUAAACUUGUGUUUAACAACUCUGGCUUUCCCGUGGUUCUCUCCGCUCCUCAGAGCAGUAGCUGUAGGACUCCUGGUGAAAUACUGCACAAGGGGUUUUUUUUAAUGCCAGCUGUGCACUAACUGGGUGUUUGUUUAGUCUGGCAGGGAACUCUCGCUGCUUACUAAACCGAGCCCUGACUUUUUGCUAAGUCAUUUCAUAUGUAGUAAAAAUAGGCACGUGCUGUAGUCAGUAGCAAAACUCCCAUUGAAGUCGGGGGUAGAAGGGUUUCAAAUGUUGUCGAGAGCUCUUUAAAACAACUUGACAAGGAGAAUUUACCAUUUCAAUUUUCAAACUUCUUCUGUUUGUAAAUUUAACUUUCCAGCACAAAUAACAGAGAUCUUUACCUUGACGUAGAGGAAACACGAUAGCAUUUUAUUCUGCAACCAAACCACCGGUGACACUGUUUGCUGCUGUGGGGACCCUCCCCUGCCCCCCCUUUUUUGGCUUUGUGUGAUUAAGGGGCUGAUCACAGCAAGCCCUGGGCCAGCCUGGCAGUGGUGCGGUUACAACAGCAGCACACAGAUCAGCUUACAACUCACCAAGAAGCCAAAACCGAGUAUUCCCCGUGUCUAAUUGUAUUUGGCUUGAUAAAAACAAUGAUGUUCUAGCACAGCAGCAUCGCUCGGCUGUUGUACGUUUUUAAAUAAUGUAGUGAGUGAAGGCUGAGUGGUUAAAGCGGCUUUUAAUUACUUGGUGUUUUAAACCCUCGUGCAAAGCAAAACCUGCCCCUUGCUGCCAGGGGGCCUGCGAAAUGCCGGUGGGAGCUGAGCGCCCGGUCAGCCCUGGGAUGUGAUGCCCAGAGUCCCGAAGGGAGAUCCGAGCACCGGCGCUGAUAUCCCACCUUGCUGGGUCGAUAAAACACUGAAGAGCAGCUCCCUCAGCUGAACCAGUUAAUUACAAAAUGGCUACGCAGGGCUGAGCGCUUGCCCCGGCCCUGCGGCGCGGGGGGUGGGGUGGGGUUGAUGGAGAGGGGAGCAGAGGGGCUUUGCUGUCAUCUUGUACAUUUCUGCAGUUUAGUUUUCUGUAAUCUUUUAGAGUUACAAAGGCAGAUCCCAGGCUGGUCAGGUUUUGAAAUGGUGUUCAGAUGGAUGCGUGAUUGCUGUCGUAUGAAUUUCCCAGGAAAAGUGGGAAUUUCGGUCUUGGGGCCUGCUAGAAGGCGUGUAAGUCUCUCAACCCCUGGUGCUAAGUGGGCUACGCGAGGCUUCUUUUUUGUCUUUGCCUUCCUGUCUUAAAUUCUUGACUUUUAAAAACUUACAGAGAGUUUAUAACGCAAUUUUAUUUUUCCAGACUACGGGAAUUUAUAAAAUGCCUUUCCCACUGGUUGAAACGUCAAGUAUUUUACCUUACACACUAUAUUUUAAUAAACUUGCAUACAAAUAAAAUUUAUUCUUACAGCAGGAUCGGCUAACCCCUUGAUUUUUCACAGACCUCUUCCUCUGAUCCAACCCAGCGCUGAGCCAGCGAGGGGAGAUGGAGCAGCAGCCCCGGCUGAAGCAGGACUGGCCGCUCUGCCUCGCUGCUUCUGUUUCUUCCAAGCACCUGGGUUUUUUUUUUUUUUGCAGCAUCAACUUUAGGAGGAUCCUCUGACCCGGCGUGUGGCGAGGUGGGUCAGCGGGGCUUCGCGCUCCGGCCUGUGCUGGUGAUUUUUUUUCCGUCGGCCGCGCAGCCGGGGCAGUUUCUGCCUUCCUUUUCCUCUUACCCCCAGCCUUGGGGUGGGUGGCCAGGCUGCUGCAGCCCCGCGCUCUCCUGCCCGUGCUGGGUACAACUCGCUGCGCUGGGUUUCGUGGAAUAGGGAUGGAAACUUGUUUCAAGAAAAUCACAUUUUUUUUUACUGCAUUUUAAUUGAGGUGGGAGAGGGGCUUGGACCCUGUUGAACCUAGGGUGGUGGGGUUUUUUGGAAACAUCGUUUCCAAAUUCAGAGUUUAGAAAUUCCUUUUUCCCCUUUAGAAAUUUGAAACUUCAUUUUAGAGUUUAGAAAUUCCUUUUUCUCAUUUAGAAAUUUGGAAGCUCAUUUUAGAAGUGUCUUACUGCAUAUAUUUUUUUAGUGUGUUUUUUUUUUUGUUGUUUUUUUUUUUUCAAAUUUAGAAGGGAAGUCUGGUUGAAAAAGUGUUGUCAUGGGGGAAGAGACUGAAGUUCCCAGGUGUCCAGGCAGCCCCUGGGAUAGCGAGGUGGCCUCGGGCACCUUCAGGAAUGGCUCCCACAGGUUGUUCCCUUGUCCCCAGCUCCUUAGCUGAGGGAUUGUCCUGCCCUGCAGCAGCUCUGCUGCUCCUGCCAAAAAUAUCUAAGGCCCCUUUUUACUGCAAGCUCAGAAGUCACCGUGGGGACCUGCCCUGCUGGGGCGGGUCCCUGCCUUGUUCCUCUGCUGCUCUCCAGCAGGGCUCCCUCCCUCCUCCUGUACGCGGGGUUCUGGGCUGAUCCUGCCCCUGUGUUCAUGCCGUACCCCAAGAUUUUCCAGCUUCAGCUGGAGAUGGGAAAAACCAAACCUGGGGCCAAGCACUGCCGUGCAGUUUGUGUUUUUUUUUUUUUUUUUUUUCCUCAGCUCACGUCGUGCUUCAGACUGUUGCUGAGCUGUGGUUCCCUAAACCUGCCCUGCUGCUCUACCACUACGAUCUCUUCCCAAAAAUAAUUUAUCACUUUAUUCCUUCUACAUUCAUUUUCACUUGUCAAUAUUUGAUACAAUUUUAACAUGGCAUUGAAAGUGUCUCUCCCGCCCUGCACCCUGAGGCUGAUGGUGCCUCGCGCAGCAGGGAUAGAGCUGGGGUUUGGUGCUUUUUUUUUUUUUUUUUUUUUUUCCUUUUUUCAGGCUGCAUAUGACCAGGAGACAGGCACUUCUAGUUCAGGGAUCAGUCCUAGGGCACGCGAGCCAGGUGUGACUGUGACUUUCAGACUAAAAGGCACAACUUCAGUUUUUUAGUACCAAAAAAGAAGAAAAAAAAAAUAUUGGAUCCAAAGCAAAACUGGCCCCUGAAGCACUGACAAGAUGCUGAUGGAAAUGGAGAACUGUGACAGGCAGGUGAGCAACAGGCACCAGAGCCUGAACCAACCUCCUGCUCCCUGGGACACAGCUCAGCCUGGGGUGGGGGACAGCAUUAAUGAGCAGAGGGUAAUUACUGCCUUAAUAAACCCUGAGCAGGGUUCAUUAAUAAACUCAGAGAGGAGGGGAGGAGGAUUACCAGAAGAGCAGCUUCCUCAAACACUUAGACCAGGGUUACAACCCUCAGAUUCCCAGCCCAUGCAGCCUUACCUCCCCGAUCCUGCUUCUAUACAUGUAAAUUAUUUUGUAUACUGACUUACUGGGACUCGUAAUAAAAUAUUACGGAACACACUGA